UUACGUCUUUAACGGGACACAUCUCAAGACGAAUCAUUCAAUUAAGAAAGGAAAAGAAAAAAACGAAAGCUCAACAGAAAAGAAUAGUGUUAAAUAACUGACUUUGCUCAACUGCCGUUUUGUUACUAUAUAUAGUCUAUUUUAUCGCCCGUACGCCGUACCUUUCUCUAAUUGAAAAUAGAUUGCGACUGCCAAUUGUAAUUUAGGGUGCGUGACGAGAGUCAACUAUUUCUUAAUUGUGAUUCAUUCUAGAAAACUUGCGGGAUGAGGCAUAUUUACCCAAUCGAAAGUUAAAGGGGCCCACCAGAUUUCCGUUUUCAAACAUCAUUUCUAUGGUUAAUAGUUUUUCAGCGGUGUGUUACGCGUCAUACACACCGCAAGCGUUUUGUUAUAGCGCUAUACAAUGGGCCACCGUGUCCCCAUCCGCAUUUUUACUUUCAAUUGACGGCCGCUGAAUUUUCAUUCCCGGAACAUGUCCAGAUUUUAUUGGUUCACUAAAAAAGCGAGCCGUUAUGUAGAAGCAUUUGAGGCAAAGGACCUUUAUCCUUUUCUUCUUGAUUUUUGACGUUGCUCGUUCUUAUACGCAGCGUUCCGCAUUCGUUUUUUUGUUUUGUUACAAGCUGUGAAUGCGAUGAUUACACAUUGAUGCUGCUGCAGCGUUUGUUGCUUCACCAUCUGUCCCAGAGUCCUUUAACGAAGACCGCAGUUCCGGCUGGGUCCGAUUAUUGAAUAGUUAGUCUACAAUAUUUGGACUGUUAUGAUGAGUCUGCAUGGAAAUGGUGUCGCGUUCCACAUCUCAAUUACGGGUGAUAGGAAACAGAGGAGACACAUCGGAAACCGGACCGAGAUUAUCAAGAUCGACGUUAGUCACCGCAACGAGACGAAUUAAGAUGUUGGUGGUUGCGCAAACCGCGUUCCUCCUGGUCACUGGCGCCGGGCUGCAGAUGGUCUCUUCGGCUCCCACUCCUGCAAACAGCGACGUGGCCACCGUUGCUGGACAGGCUAAUGACAGUAGCCUAUUAAAGGAGGACAAAUUAAUGGACGCUGUAAGAGAGGAAGGAAACAAAAGCGCAGCGAUUCAUCUCAGCCAUGAAUGGUGGAGAAAAGGAGAAGUAGAAGAACCGCCUGAUAUCCGUUCUCGCAACGAUCGCCAGUAUUUCACCAACUCCAAGACAUCGCCUGGACUGUACACGAUCAACAAAAACGACGUCCACCAUGCAGUCACGCCAUCUGACGCACCCCAGGCUUUACCUUCUUCACAACCUUCGGUAAUGGCGAGGACGAGUCCAACGAAGAUCGUCAAAGAGGAAGAUCUGGAGAACAUGAUUUUCAAUAUCGUCAUUCAAAAAGAGCGGGCAGAAAAAUCGGCGUUCAUUGCGCCCGAUGUCAAUUGGCUGAGAGAUUUGGUGCCCAAGGUGGUCGACGUUGCCGACAAACCUGAGACGCUCAUCAAAGAAACAAUAGUCAACGCCAUCGACGGCGAAAAUGCCGCCCAAGUCGAACAAAUCAAAGAUCGGCGAUUAUUGGUCAACGUCGUCAAGUCGGAAAUCGGAUCGGAGGUCGAGGUGCCUGACAUCCUCGCUCGACUCAGCAAUCUAAUGAAGACGGGCGGCCCGGCCGUCGAAUCCAUCCUGCUUGAAAGCAGAGACAUUGACGAGCCAGAGAAUUCCAUUUACGUCAUCAACAUCAUCAUUUUCAACGUCGUCGUUUUAGAAGCGCCCGUCGAGAAGCCCGUCUUCGUCAAAGACAAGGUCAGCAACAUAGAACAAGACAUUACCGAAGAUUCUUAUCUCGUAGCUCUCAGAGAAUCGCAACAGAAUCGAUUCGGUUCUCCUGCGAUCGGUCGCCAUAAAAAUCCAGCACCCGAAGUCGCGUUAGAAGAUAAUCAAGCGAGGACUCCAGACUCUGCCAUCGCAGAAGAUUCCUACCUCGUAGCUCUCAGAGAGUCGCAGAAGAAUCGCAAUAAAGGCUCAUCUCCAUCCCUCGAUCAUCAUCACCACCAUCACGAAGAGAAACAUCCUCACGCCAAACCAGAAAAGGUAUCAGACCAGCAGCAGCAAUUCAACGGGCAUUACCUGACCGAAGUACCGACGUAUGCGUACGCAUCGACGGCCAGACCUUUGAUGGCCAUGGAGAAAGACUAUUUACGUCGAUUUACCAUCAAACCGACCCAGCCGUCGGUGGCGGUCGAACACGACCAACCGAUGGAAGAACAAGAACAAGCGAUGGAAGAACAAGACCAAGCGGCCGAUGAAGUGGAGCAAUCGGCGGACGAGCCAGGACUGUUGAUCGACGUGCAAGAACAACAUUUGCCUACAUUACUAGUCGACCCGAAUGCCAGCAUCGAGUUCGUUAAUUUACCAACGGGGCCCUACUUUACUAAUCCGAGUGUUGACGUCACGCAGAUUGUCAGCACGGAACCGUCAUCGAUUGAGAAGCCGCCCGAGAUCGAGGCCGUUGUUGUCGAUGUUGCACAGACGGCCGGCAUCAAUAAAAUACGAGUGACUACUAAGAAACCGGUAGCCAAGAAGCCGCUGUUAGUCAGAGUGCCCGAAGCUGUGGGUGUCAUGACUAAUAAGGCUACAAACAUCAUGCGAAACCGAAUCAGGACAGUCGGUUUAUUCGGCAUUCCCAUGAUGGUGGGACUGGCCAGCACGGUCAACUCGUGGUUGCCGACUGUGACGGCGUUGGGCCGCCGCAGAAGGAAGCGCUCAAUCACGCAGGAGGACGAGUGGCAAGACAAUCAUCGCCACCCUAGCCGGGCUAUCGAAGUCGCUCAAGUGCUGGCCCGCUUGAUGGGCAAACGUUACACGGACGCGAGCACAGAAUCCCACCCACAGUUUGUUGACAACCGCGAAGAUCGAGAUCAACAAUUGUCCUCAGCAUCGACGAUGAAUUCGAAUAAUGAGGCGAGGGCUAACCGGCGACGAACGUGGUUCCCGUUUCGACGGACGGGCAACACUCGCGUGAAUUCAGAUCGUCGUACGAGCGCCAGACGAUCGGCAUUUGCAAGGAAAAUGAAAGAAAUAAAAUCCAAUACUCGAAAAUACAUGACGCCCUUGUUCUACACGACGUUUUUCGCGAACGAAGAUUCACCCGACGUGACGGAACAUGGCGAAUCCAUAACGAGCAAAUUGCAAAAUGUCGAUGACGUCGCAGAACCACAACAGGUCACAGAGGACGUUAUGGAACACCCGGAAAAUGGUGUACAACAUCAAGAGGCCAUAGAAAACGUCAUGGAACGUGCCGAAGUCGUGCCAGAUCGGGAAGUCUUACAAGACGAUGCGGAGAGCACUAAUCCAUUGAAUACUUCAGUUGCCGGUCCUCCAGUCGACUACGACAACUACCAACCGGAAGAAGUGGAAAUGGCCGAAAAAAUGGAUGAAAAGCCGGAAGAAGAGCCAUCGCAAAUGUUUCCGGUCCUCAAUCCACCUUCCGGCUUUGAUUUCGACAUAGUGUCCAACUUCGUCAGAGCCAUGAUGAUGAACAACGAAGAGUACGACGACAAUCCGCCGGAAACGAGGGAAGAAGUCUUCUGGGUUAAAGAGGCUACCAUCGUCAACACGACUCAGACGGUCAGCAGCAAGCCGCCGAAAUUCAGCGGUUCCAGCAUGUUGCUUUUGAAACCGGGCAAAGGGCCAACUCGAUUGACAUCCAGCGGAAUAAAUGGCAGCCCAGUCAGCGUCUUCUCCGCCGAUCCGCUAAUGCCCAGCUACGUAAACAACGAGAACGUGACCAACAGUCCAAUCACUUACGUGUCCAUCAAAUCACCGACCAAAGUGACUUGGCUUGGAAUCGGUCCGCCCGAUGCUAUAACGUCCAGCACGCAGUCGUCAUCGUCAGCAGAAAACGAUCCAACUGGAGAAAUCAACGACGACAUCCCCCUUGAUUUACCACCCAGCAAAGUCGUUGGAGCCCCGCUCCAAUUUUACGACGAAGAAACGGACAACUACGUCUCGAAAGAAGUGCCCAGCGUUCCAGGUCCUCCGACCGUUUCGUACUACACCGAACGAACGCCAAGUACCGAUCGGACACCUAGCAUUGAUGUUACAUCAGAGCAAUCUUCAGUGAUAAAAAUACAAGAGAUAUCCAAACCAGCCCGGCCAGUAUCAACUGAUCUUCGUCCAGGUCUUUCUUCGUUGCUGCUCACCAUCGCCAGUUUCAAUCGGCCCAGACUUCCGCCACCCGUUGAAGUGUCCAACAACGUUUCCAGCGUCGAGUACACCAAAGGACAAGGAUUCGCAACGCAACCGCAAAGCGACGACACGACCGACAAAUACACUCACGGUCACGGGAUCGUAUCGAAGCCGGACGAUGCAUCGAAAUACACUCACGGUCACGGCAUUAUCGUAACGAAUGCGCCACCGUAUGACUUUAAUUCGUUGGCCGGGGAAUCUUCGCUCGUGGCCAGCUCGAUCGAUAACCACAACGCCCUGUCCAAUUUAGUCAAAGGGACUGGCAACAACGAAAAUGGCGAACCAACAUCACCUACCCUGUUGGGUGAGACUAGCAUCCAGUUCGUCGGAAUGUACGGCGGUACGUCGGUGGACAGCACCGUCGGCCCGUUCGCAGCGACGGGCAUCUCGGAUAGCGCGGAAUUAGACUCGACGUUGGAUGAUUUGAUCACGCAAUUGCAAGCCAACAUGACGACCGGCUUAGUGUCGACAGACCGACCGUUGGGAGGAAUUCAUUUCACGAACACAUCCACCGACAUCGUCAUCAUCAACCCGUUCGUGACGCCCAGUUCCGUCUUCCCACAAUUGCAGGUGGAAGCCGUCGAAGCUGAGGAUGGCGACACGUUCGGUUCAAUUGACGAUACGAUCGUCGUCGACGCCCAGGAAGGGGAUCAACCAGACUCGGUGCCCAAUGUUUCCAGUUUGGCCAAUCUCUUCUUUACGUCAUCCGGAAGCAGCGGCAGCUCUUCCGGUGGCUCUUCCAGUUCGUCGGGUGUCAGCAGCGGAGGUGGUGGCGUCUCUGGUGAUUCCGUUUCCUCUUCCACCACCAAUCCAAUCGCUUUGUUCUACACUUUCGGAUUGGCCGCUGUAGGCAUUUUGGCCUUGACGUUGCCAUUAUGGGUUCCGUUUGUAGUCGCCAGGAUGAAACGUCGGACGUAUGCGCCGUCGAAGACCUAUCCAGCCAGCAAGAAGAAGCCAACACACGGCUAUUCAUCGCCCCCACCGAAGAAGACGUACGCAGAGCCGCCUCCCAAUCAUUACAAAGACCUGGAUGAAGAAGACAUAUACGGCAAUGAACAUUACCUCGAUCAACAUCAACUGGGCAGUGUUUUAUCGCAACCUCAAUAUCAGAGCACGACCAUUGAAGAUUUAUACCGUACCAGUGUUGGUGAUGUCCUCAGCAGCAAUUCGGACGACCACUACAUCUUUCGUGAUUCGAUAGCGCUCAAUCCGGAGGACGACAUGUUCCAUAAUCCGGGACCUCUUAGCUCUGAGGCCAUCUACGGAUCGCCGGCCCGUAUCUACUUGAAAGCAAAGCGUAAACGUUUCAGUAGAUUCAAGCGAUCCAACAAGCGAUAAAGUUUACGUGGAAAGAACAAAUGACGUGUAAAUAAGUUUGUUGACGUGACGAUCCUCGUCUCAGUCUCCUUCUACUAUGCCGCUGAUUGUAAUUAUAAGCAUAUAAACAAUAGCUUUAAUCCAUCAAUUCUAACUCUAUCUCCAGUGUGAACCGAAGGCUUAUGGUAUUUUCGUCGAGUGUUUGAUUUUUAAUUGUUCCUCAAACGAACAUUAAACAUGGACACGUUGCGUGUUCAGAAAGGACAAGUCAAAGCCUUUUCCUUCUUCUAAAAUUCAUUCUGAAUGGAAAAUGGAACACUAUAGAUUUUCGCCACACAUCACCAGUUUUCUCCAAAUCAGUCACGUCGAAUGAUGCUGUUCAGUUGACGGUUCCCUUCGUAAAACAUCACUUGCGUCAUGCUCAUUUUCAGUGGACGUUGAAUUUUUAUAUCCAUCAUCGUCUGUAGACUACACUAAUAUUGGUAGAAAUCACGAGGAAUGUCAUCUUUGUGCUCUUACUGCUUACAUCAUGCGCGUAGAAGGUUCGAAAUGAUCGAGAUGAUACUCAACACCAUACGCGAAAAAAUGUCGACUGUACAAAUGACAUUUUACGAUUUGUGUUUGUUGCUUUGCUCCGUUCUCGUCAUCACCAUAUUCCAAAGAGAAAACAAAAUGUGGCAUGAGAAAUUCGAAGACCUAUUAAGGGUUUGGCAACUGCAAUCCCUGUGGUAUUUGUUAAAAGAAGAAGCCAUACUUUAACAACGUGCAUUGAGUUACCAAACAUAAAGAAGCUGCUCAGGUAUUACCACUGAAACUGUGCAGAGGUCCGCGGACAAAACAAUUUUUACAUUUCUCAUUUGUCAAUCGUCAACAAAUUUCUGGAAAUUGCUUUCGCUGUUCGUCGUUAAUAUUUAAAAUUGUUAUUUUUAAUUGUUGAUUCGUUUAAAAGUUUGACUCGUGUUUUGUUUUUCCACCGGCAUGGCCUUCGUUUAUUUUUAUACCGAAAAAAUGGUUGCUUGUUCUAAAGUUUAUAUAUAGCUCCUACUCGUGUAUUUAAUUCCAUUGUAUCAUAAUUGUUAUUCUUAUUCUCGUUAUGUUUGGGUUUUAUUUCGCUCUUGGUUUUCCGUUUCAUUUGUUGCUAUACGUCAUCGAAUUCAUAUAUAACCAUGUAUUGUUUCGUAUAAGCAUUUCACCACAUAUAACAGUCAGACCGAUAUAAUAUCAACUUGUUAUAAAUAUUUGUUAUCAAAAUCUGUCUAACAUAAAUACAGAUGAAUGUCGCAGAA